AUGAACGGGGUCAACGGCCAUUACGGCCAGCCAAGCCCAUGGCAGGAAUUCAAGAGUGCCGACGGGCGCGUCUAUUACUACAAUCCGGUUACGAAGGUGACACAAUGGACCAAGCCCGAGGAGAUGAUGACACCGGCCGAGCGCGCUCUUGCGAAUCAACCAUGGAAGGAGUACACUGCGGAAGGCGGGCGCAAGUACUGGUACAAUACCGAGUCCAAGCAAAGCUCGUGGGAAAUGCCCGACGUCUACAAGAAGGCCCUGGGAGUCGAUACCGCCACUCCAUCCACACCAGCUUCUGCUACUCCCUUCGCUCCCCCGGGCGGCUCCUUCCAAUCUUCCGGCUACGACCAACAGCGUGACCACCGCGACCACCGCGACGCCCUCCCUGAGUCCCGUCAACUGACCUUCGGCAAUGACCCCCGCGCCCAAGCAUUUGUCCCCGCCAGCGAUGAACCCGACUAUGCGACGUUUGAGGAGGCUGAAGCUGCUUUUGUAAAGCUGCUUCGUCGUAGUGGUGUCCAGCCUGACUGGACUUGGGAACAAGCUAUGCGAGCUACGAUUAAGGAUCCUCAGUAUCGCGCCAUCAAAGACCCCAAGGACCGAAAGACAGCCUUCGAAAACUACUGCUACGAUGUGAUUGUUCAGGACAAGGAACGCGCCAAGGACAGAUUGACGAAGCUGCGCGCCGAUUUCGCGACCAUGCUCAAGAGCCAUCCCGAAAUCAAGCAUUAUACACGAUGGAAGACGGCUCGUCCCAUGAUCGAGGGUGAGACCAUCUUCCGCUCUACUAAUGAUGAAGACGAACGACGACAGUUGUUUGAGGACUAUAUCUCUGAGCUAAAAAGGUCCCAUGUCGAGACCCAAGCCAACCUUCGGAAGAGCGCCAUGGAUGGUCUCAUUGACAUGCUUCCGAAGCUCAACCUGGAACCCUAUACUCGCUGGUCCGAAGCUCAAGGUAUGCUGAAGGCCACUGCCCCUUUCCAGAAUGAGGAGAAGUACGAGGCCCUUACUAGCUUUGAUAUUCUCACUGCUUUCCAAAACCACAUCAAGUCUUUGGAGCGAACUUUCAACGAGUCCCGGCAAGAGCAGAAGAACAAGAAGCUUCGCGUCGAAAGGAAGAAUAGAGAUGCAUUCGUUGAAUUGCUCCAAGAACUACGCAGAGCUGGGAAGAUCAAAGCUGGGACGAAAUGGAAACAGAUUUACCCGCAGAUCGAGAACGAUGAGCGCUUCAGAGCUGCCUGUGGCCAACCUGGUUCAUCCCCUCUUGAUCUGUUCUGGGACGUGGUCGAAGAAGAGGAGCGUGCUCUUCGCGGAACGAGAAACGAUGUGCUUGACGUUAUGGACGACAACCGUUUUGAGUUGACCCCAAAGACCACUUUCGAAGACUUUUUUGCAGCACUCAAUAAUGAUCGACGCAUUGCUAAUAUUAAUCGUGACAUAUUAAUGCUGAUCUUCGAGCGGCUCCAAGAGAAAAGGUCGAACAAGCGGUCAGACGAAGACAGGCGUUCCGAGCGUCAACAACGCAGGGCUGUCGAUGACCUGCGUUCCUAUAUUAAGCAUAUGGACCCCCCUGUGCUCGCAGACGAUACCUGGGAGAAACUUCGACCUCGUGUUGCACGUGCCCCUGAGUUCCAGGCAGUCACAUCUGAAGAUUCUCGCCGAGGCGCUUUUGAAAAGGUUCUGAGGCGAGUUCGAGACCGAGAGGAGGAAGAUAGGGAUCGUCACAAGCGUCGCGACCGAUCUCCUGAUCGUGGUACGUAUCGGGAAAGGGAUAGAGGGGAUCGGUCUCACCGUAGUGAACGCACGCGACCAUCUCGACAAAGCCGCAGCCCCGAGCCGGAUGCGUAUGAGGCAGACCGUCGCAAAGCUAUUGCUGAGCGAGAGAAGAACUAUCGUAAGUCCAGCAUGGCCGAGAGCUUGUUAUCUGACCGUCGCCAAUCGGACUCGUACCGCGAACGCGACAUUCGAGAUCGCGAACGUGACCGCGAACGGGACCGCGAACGGGACCGCGAACGGGACCGGGACCGAGAACGCGACCGAGGAGAUCGUGACCGAGACCGGGAGAGGGAGCGGGAUCGGGAGAGAGACAGGGAUCGGGACAGAGUCUUCACGCCUCAGUCUCGCCGUGAUGAACCACCGAGCCAUUAUGAUCGUGAGCGACGCGAUCGAGAGGAGGAGCGGGAAAGGAUGUACCGCCGUCGCGUGGAGAGAGGUCCAGUAGAGGAACUCCCUUAUGGGGAUGAGCGCCCGACCUCGUCUCGGCGCCGCAGAGCCGAUGACGAUGAUGACCGUCGCGAUUCCAGGGAUUCCAAGAGGCUGAAGAGAGAGAAAACACCGCGUGAGCGUUCCCCCCAGCGUGAUAAUCGUCACAAAACAAAGACACCACCACCACCAGCCAAAGCAGCUCCUGUGGAAGACGUCGGUGUGCAUUCUGGCAGUGAAGAGGGUGAGAUAGAAGAGGACUAG